AGACAGACAGCCCUUUUCAGUCAGUCUAGCCUCGCGCCCUCAGCCUCACCCCAUCACUCACCUUUGUUCCCGCGACCAAACCCGCACCAAUGGCGCUACCCAUGCACCUAAGCCUAGUCAACCAGACCCCAAAACCCUUAUAUCAUCAUCAACGUCAUGUGAAGAGCCGCCACUUAUACGGCUGUCAUCCAAAUAUCAGCCUGUCAUGCACGUCUACGUGCCGAUAGCAUCGGUUUAAUACGCUCGUGCAUUCCUCAACGAUUCUGACAUUGCUGCCGUGAACAUGUCCCUCGAAAACGAAAUCCCAACCCAGGGUUCUGCGCUCGCGAGGGUCCUCUCGCUACCGUACGAACUGCUGCAGUCGGUCUUCAAUUCAAUCGCCGCCUUCGAGCCUUGGACGGAUACGCCGAUUUUGGAUCGCGGGAGUGCAGAUAUCGCUGACAAGGAGCUGAUGCAUAUCAAAGACACGAUGAUGCUCAAUACGAUUCCGAUUAAUCGACACGUGCUGGGUAUCUCUAGUGAUGGCGAAUGGCUUAUGAUGGUCCUUUCUCGGCAUCCGUACCAUCUGUCGCGGCGUGAUGGAUUCGCCUUGUCAUCGGUCGUCAUGCAGGCACUGAGAAGAAUGAACGUGCGUUUGCAGAAAAUGCACUCGGAUGCGAGAGCUUUGGAGACUGGUGUUUUGGCGUUCAAGACCCCUGCACGCGCUCUUGAGGAGAGUCCCAUAUCAGUGGAUGAGAAGGAUAUAGCGGCCAAGGAUAAAACUCGUAACACAAUAUCGGAUACUCCCUCGAUGACGCAGUACCACGCCAGCGUCCAAUCUGAAGAAAAAUCGCACUUCAUGGAACACUCCAUCAAAUCGUCCCGCACUUCUCGAGCUACUGGAAAUACAUCCCUCUCUUCGACCGCCCUCACAACAUACAAUCCAGCGCCAGUGCUCAAGCUGAGUAACCAAGACCUCCUGCAGAUCACACGCCAGCAAGACAUACAAACCACGACACACCACCUCUGUGCCCUCCUCCUCGCCACCCUCCUAACCCUCGCUCAGUGCCGCCUCGACCUUACCACAACCCUCGAGAAACUCGAGCGCGACACCCCCAUCCCCUCCAUCGAGCCCAGCGAAACCAGGGCCUUCGCAACCCCAGACAACAGCCCCCCGCCAGACCGCACGCGCAGCCUCUCCGGCUCCACCGUCGCAGACCCCUUCCCCUUCCACCAGCCACUGUCCUUCUCCGCCAUAUCCACCGUGUGCGAUCUGGGAACCCGCGAGGAGGUGCGGUGGGCGGAGAAGCGGGGCACCGAGUGCGAAGGCGCGGGCACGCCGCCCAAGCGGCCGAAGCUGGCGGGGUACAGGAAGGUUAGUAAUGGGCGUGUGGCGGCGCUUAUGGAUCGGUUUGAGAGGUUCCAUCUAGAGGUGGGGACGCGUGACUCGAUCAUUCGGCGGUGUUGGUUGCUUGGGCGAGCGGCUGCGGGUGUAGAGAGGGGUUCUGCUGCUGAUGCAGUGCGGCGUCGGUGCAGAGACGCGGUAUAUACUUUUCUAAAACGUUUUCUUCAAGUCGUCGGCACAACCAUGAACGGGUGUGACCCGAAGUAUGCGCCCGGCAUUGUUGGCACCACCAGUACCACCCAGGAAGUACGCAGCCGCCCCAACCCCGUCUACUCACAACCGAUUCGGCACUUCCUGCUAUCCUUGGACGGCAGCCUUGGCAAGCUGUCUCGCGACACCAAAGCCUGGGCAAGGACGCCUGGCUCCGCACUCGGUGUCACCACUGCGAGGUAG